GAAUCGCUUCAACUACGGUCGAAUAUCCGUCGUCGCUGCCGUCCACGGCAGGCAUCGCUGGCUUUUGGAUUGUAUCGGAUUUUUACUAUUUCUUUCGCGCAAACAGAGAAAAAAAACGCAGUGAUGUUUCCGGUCCCGAAAGGUGGUACCAGAGGGUAAAUGGCCGUGAAGGCAAUCGCCGCCAGACGCGCUACCCGUGGCACCGUGGAUUGAGUGAUAUUUGCGUGGCCAAGUGCUGCUUGUUGUCCUUCGUUUGCGGGUAGUUGAAUUCCGCUAAAGUGGGAACCGGAGCAACGGGGGUCGCGUGAUUAAGUUCGCUCCCGGGAACAAGAGGGUGACAUAACCAUUCCGGGAAAGUCAAGUUUUGUGUACUACGCGGUGGAACCCUGGGUUGGGGUGGGUAAACGUUUUACGGACCGGAAUCGACCAGUUCCAGACUGUCGAAACGAAUGAAGAGGAUAGGAAAUAGUUGCUUAGCGGUGACCGGGUGACGGAAGUUCGAGAAGAGAGCAGCUAAUGAGUGCGUGACCGUAAUCAGAUACAGUCGCAGUUGUGUUUGAAGAGAUUUACAUCAAACGAAAAGUGAAGGCAAAGUGCUUUGAUUUGAAUUACGAAAGCAGAAUAUCUUGAAGAGUCAAAGCAUGUAGUUCAAAUUGAAAAGUUUACUUGAGCGUUGCUAAUUUGGGAUUUGUGAUUGUUCGCGGAGGAUCAACAGAGGCGUGAGGCGAAAGUUUUUCUUUGAGUUUUUUUUUCUUCCUUCCUCCACUGUCUACAUUGCUGGUGAAAAUUGAUGGGGCAGGUAUUGGAUUGAGGGGAGAAUAAAAAAGCAUCUCACGUCUUCGGUGGCGGCACCGAAAGCAGACUAAGCCUAGAAAGUGGAGGAGCCGUGCUGGAGUUGAAUUACUACCGUAAGUGUCGGCAGAACAUUUCGAAUAGGGAAACUUUGAAAACACGUAAAAUAGCGAUCCCCACAUCGCUUUCGCCCGCCGACAAGGAUCAGGCUGGUGAAAAUUGCCGGAACGAACGAGCUCUGAUAAAAAAAACACCAGAACUUCGUUCUUACCCGCAAAAUGUGAGACGAGUUGCUGAAAAUUGGACACGAAAACUGUUACCACCGACCACACCUUACCUUCAUACCGGAUUCCGGAGGAGGGUGUGUGAGUAGGAGACAUUUCUGGAAAUGAAAGUAGAAUCACCGGUGAACAACGGGAUGUUUUCCGCUGGUGACCGUUCUUGUGUUUGUUGUUACCGGUGUGACCGGUGGCUACUGUGCGAAACAACAAGUGACGAGUAAAAUCGGAAAUAAGUGAGGACCUACCGGUGCGAACAACAGGAAACGUAUCACCGGACCUUGCGUCUGUCCGGCGGCGGCAGUCACCGUCUCCGUCCGUCAUCGUCCUGCUGCUAGGACGGCCCGGGUCGGAUUUGUUAAACGGCCCGAAAAUGCUAAUCAAGGCCAAUGUUUGGAUAUACGUGUUUCAACUCGUGGUGCUGAAAGUUUCCUACGACGUCCAUGGACUGGAAAGCGUUCACAUCCGAGUGCCACCGGCGGUGACCCUGGGCGGUUCGGCCAUUCUCAUUUGCGAGUGUGACCUGCCGGACGAGGAUCUGUACUCGGUCAAGUGGUACAAAGGAAAGCACGAGUUUUUUCGAUACACGUCGAAGGAAAUUCCGUCGAUAAAAAUUUUCCCCAAGGCGGGAAUCAGUGUUGAUGUCAAUCAUUCCAAUGCGAGUCACGUGAUUCUACUGAACGCAGAGCCACACACAAGUGGGAAGUACAGCUGCGAAAUAACGGAAGCGGCUCCGUCUUUCCACACUCAGAUAGUCACUAGAGAUUUAAAUGUAGUAGAUUUACCCAAAAGCGACCCGGUGAUACUGGACAUGAAACCGUACUACGGAGCCGACGAGUUUCUCGAGGUUGUUUGCAUAUCAAAUGAGUCCCUGCCGGCGGCCCGGCUAGAAUGGUUCAUCAACGAGCGGCCGCUCGGCAAGAUACAGCCCCCGUCCAGGCUGGAGGCAGUGACGGUGCCGGUGACGCGAAGUGGCCACGGAGUUGAUGACAGUAGCAACCACGCUGACAGGGGCAAUAGUUCCAACAAUAACAACAACAGCAGCGGCAGCAGCAGUAGAAAACCAACCAAGUCUUCCCCGCACCAAAUAUCGGCUGCCCUGCAAACAACAACAACCAACGAAGAUGACGACCGGUUGGUGCGGGAUGCCAACUCACCUCAGCACCGCGACGCACUGACGGUACCGUUGGCGGCAGCCAUCAUCGCAGGGGCGACAGUUCUUUCAUCGGCAACAACCAGUGCAGCAGCAGCAGCAGCAUCAGGUCUAGCAACGCUGGCGCCAUCCUCGACGGCGGUGGCGGCGGCGUCGGCUUCGUCAAGGGGUGGCAAAAAGGGUACCACAAACAGCCGGUACGAACGGUCCUUAUCACGGCUCAAGCUACUACUAGGACACGAACAUUUCGUUGAAGGAAAAAUACGGGUAAAGUGCACCGCUAGGAUAUUCGAUUUGUACGAACGAACGGCCCAGCAGGUGGCCGACGAAAACUACCCCCAGGUGCGGGUGCUCUCCAACAGCGACAACGGGGUGCACUUCUCGUUCAUGAGUGACAAGGACGAAGUAUCAUCCUCGGCAUCGUCCAGCCACCAUCCGGCGCUUUGGCACCGGAACCCGGUGGCGCGAUGGUUGCUGCAAGCGGGCACCGGCUGCUGGUGGCUUACUGGCACGUCAAGCAAACUCCAAGACACCGGCCAAGAAGAUGGCCCCAAUUUGGUUCACUACGUCCUACUCUUCGUCAUCUUCGUCGUCGUGCUAGUCGCCGUUCUCGCCAACCCCAGCGCCACCACCGGUACAACCUGAAACACCCCAAAGAAAACCAAAUCCGGAUAUGAUGCUGGCGAGUUGGACUUCAACCUCUGGCAGUUCGUCGGCAGUCGAGUACUGCCGUAACAGUAACAGAAUUCAGUGGGCGGAGGUUCACGGCGUCUGAAAAAAAGACCAGUAGAAUAAAAUCGUUAGACGAAAUCAGAGAAUUGGAUAUCGCAGGAGUUUCAAUGUUUUGUACAGUUUCAGUUACGGUUCGAGUGCUUUCGAUGCUGCUCCCCGUUCAAAUCCUUCCCUUCCGAACCAAACCGUAGGCCAAUAGAUCGAACAAGAAAUAUGCACACUGAUGGAAGAAAAACGAGCAACGUUCCCCUGUUUAUGACCGAGAUAGUGAUGUUCAUAGAACGAAAAUAUACCAAUCGAUUGCCCAAAAAGCAAACAAAAAAAUGAAAACGCGAAGAAGAAUGGACGGUACGUGAUCUGGGACAACGGAAAUCGCGUAUGUGUGGGAGUUGGGUGGGUGUGUGUGUGAGUGUAUGUGCCGGCAUGAAAUUUAUGGAAAACCAUGUUGUUGUUGUUUUUUCUAUCCCUCUCUCUGUCUCACUCGUUUUGUUAUGAUUUUGUACAAAUGGAAAUCGGUGGCAUUAGACGGGGUUGUGUCCCGGUCGUUCGACAUCGAAUGCUAUUGGCUAUUUUUUUUUGUUCUGUAUCGAAAUCCCUGCUUCCCUGUCUAACAGUAGCUAUAUAAAUUUAGAAAUGGAAUAAUUGAAAACUAGCAUAAAUUUAGAAUAAUACCACUCGGCUAGCUGAUUGAAUACCAUCUAAAACAAAAAAAAAAGAAUAUUGAAAACUAACAUUUAUAUCGAAAACAAGAACCGAACAAAAAAAAACAAUUUGACUGAGGCAAAACAGUUGUACAGGAGGAGUAGGUGGAAGAGGAGAAGAAGAACGAACAGAAGCAUGUUAUCCAAUAAAUUAGUUAUAUUGCUUCUCUACGGUCGGGUUAAGCUGCAUUAUACAGGCGUACACAGAUAAUUGUAAUGAAUAGUAAAAUAAACGACAGCAACAGCUAAGCCGAAUGUGAUGAGGUUUAUGCUACCUUGAAUGAACCAGAGAUACAAGUGUUGUAUAUUGAAAAACAAAGUCUAUUGCCGAAUAAAAUCUAAGAUAACUCA